UCACGAGGUUCUUUAUUUCCCUCUAUCCCCUCCUACUAUCACCACCUAUUUCUGCCAGUCUACCUCUAUUUAGGCCACAUACUCCAAAAUGAGCUGGUUAUUUGUGUUUAUGUUGACGUUAACACUUAUGCCUAUCAUACGAUCUUCUGUCUUGCCUAAAUCAGACUUUUUCAAAGCUCCCUAUGUCACUAGCGGAACAGAGGGUGAAAGCUGGGGCUAUGUGACAGUGCGGCCGAAAGCUCACAUGUUUUGGUGGCUGUACCAAACUACUAAUGCCGUAACGUACAAACAGGCACCACUCAUUCUCUGGCUGCAGGGAGGUCCUGGUGGUUCAAGCACUGGGUUUGGAAACUUUGAAGAGAUAGGUCCCUUGGAUGUAAAUUUAAACCCACGUAAUACCACCUGGUUAUCCCUGGCUAGUCUGCUGUUCAUUGACAAUCCAGUGGGAACUGGCUACAGCUAUGUAGAAAGUGAUGAUGCAUACACCACCGAUGUCCAGAUGAUUGCUGCAGACCUUCUGACCGUGUUUUCUGCCUUCUUGAAUCAAAACAAGGACUUUCAGAGUGUACCUUUCUACAUAUUUUCUGAAUCAUACGGUGGGAAGAUGACAGCAGCCUUCAGUGAAGUAUUAUGGAAUGCUGUGAAAGCAAAAUCAUUGGUGUGCAAUUUUCAAGGACUGGCAAUGGGAGAUUCUUGGAUCUCUCCUCUUGAUUCAACCAACUCCUGGGGACCUUUCCUCUAUGUUAAUUCUUUGGUGGAUCGGAGUCAGCUUGGAAAGGUUCAGGAAUCAGCACAAAUGGCAGCCAAACUUGCAGCUGAGGGAAAGUGGAAAGAUGCAACAGCUCAGUGGUUAGUGACAGAAGAUGUGGUGGAGGAAGUGACUUCUGGAGUCAACUUUUACAACAUUCAGCAGUGGAGUGGUAGUCAAAUGUCUGAAGCUAAUGCCAGACUCACAUGGCUGGAUCGUGCAAUUCAUCGUCAUGUGAAGAUCAUGCAGGGGGAUGAUCUCGACCAGCUGAUGAAUGGUCCUAUCAGAGAAAAGCUGAAAAUCAUCCCUAAAAAUGUGACAUGGGGUGGACAGUCUGAUACUGUUUUCCAGAAGCAAAUAGUGGAUUUCAUGAAGCCAGUCACAGAUACAGUGGAUAAUCUAAUAACUAAUACAUCCCUAUCAGUGGUGGUGUAUAGUGGCCAACUUGACCUGAUUGUGGAUAAUGUAGGAACAGAGGCAUGGGUUUACAGACUCAACAUUACUGAUGAGUUCCGCAAGGCAGAAAAGGUUCCAAUAAAGAUUAGGGACAUUCCAGUGGCAUUUGUCAAGGCCUUCAAGAACUUCAAGUACUACUGGAUCUUAGCAGCUGGUCACAUGGUUCCAUCUGACAAUGGGCCAGCAGCAUUAGCAAUGGUGAAACAGAUUGUGGACAUGGCAUAAGAACUAAGUACAAGAUGUUAGCGUGACAUAACUGGAAAUGAGCACAGGAUGUAUUGAGUUUAGUUGCAUACCAAGGGUCGUUGGCACUUGGGGUGAGCGAAGUGAAAUGUACCCCCUAGUCCUUCUGUUAGUAUAUUUGCUCAAUUAGACCCAUCAAAGGGACUUUUUAAAAAUAUGUUUAGAUGAAAAGUAUGGGCUAUUGUAUAUAAACUUUUUAUUUUUUCAAUAAGCAUCUUAUUUAUGUCAAAAGUUUAAAAACAUUUUUGGAGUGCCCUUUCAUUGCAGUUCCUGGGUCCGCUCCUCUUCCUUGGUGCCUCAUUGCUCGUUUGAAGUAAAACACUUUUUUAGGUCAUUAAUGGCCCCAGAUGUAGGCAGUGGUGUGGCAUUGCAUUGCAAAGCUGAAUAGCCAAGAAUUAAUUUAGUAGUGAAUAAAGUUGUGAACAAAACUUCUAAAUUGUAUCCCACAAGGAUUUUUUUAAAUGGCGCAGAAGAAACAUUUUUAUUAUUGUGAUGUACACUGGUAUUUUGCAUAAUAAAUAAGGUUAUUUCUAAA